AGUGGCAAUCUUGGGACUUUAGGACACCCGGGCAACAGGUCCCAGAUCCCGGGUCCCGCAACUCCAAACAUCGCAAUUAAUGGGAGGUGAACAAAACUUUUCUCUUCUCUUUGGGAUGCUUUGUUGUCUGGUGGUGACUGUGCCCAUGGGUGAGUUGUAUCGGAAAAUCGUCAUGUGAGGAUCACAGGGGAAAAGAAAAAUAGAGGCCUCUGGUCCCUGCCUGCCCUGGGUGCUCAUGGAACCAGCUGCUGCCCUGCACUUCUCCCUGCCAGCCUCCCUCCUCCUCCUCCUUCUCAGCCUGUGUGCACUGGUCUCAGCCCAGUUUACCGUCGUGGGGCCAGCUAGUCCCAUCCUGGCCAUGGUGGGAGAAAACACUACGUUACGCUGCCAUCUGUCACCCGAGAAAAAUGCUGAGGACAUGGAGGUGCGGUGGUUCCGGUCUCAGUUCUCCCCCACAGUGUUUGUGUAUAAGGGUGGGAGAGAGAGAACAGAGGAGCAGAUGGAGGAGUACCGAGGAAGAACCACCUUUGUGAGCAAAGACAUCAGCAGGGGCAGUGUGGCCCUGGUCAUACACAACGUCACAACCCAGGAGAACGGCACCUACCGCUGUUACUUCCAAGAAGGCAGGUCCUACGAUGAGGCCAUCCUGCACCUCGUGGUGGCAGGCCUUGGCUCUAAGCCCCUCAUUGAAAUCAAGGUCCAAGAGGAUGGGAGCAUUUGGCUGGAGUGCAUAUCUAGAGGGUGGUACCCAGAGCCACUCACAGUGUGGAGGGACCCCUACAGUGAGAUCGUGCCCGCCCUGAAGGAGGUUUCCAUCGCUGAUGCAGACGGCCUCUUCAUGGUCACCACAGCUGUGAUCAUCAGAGACAAGUCUGUGAGGAAUGUAUCCUGCUCUGUCAACAACACCCUGCUCAGCCAGGAGAAGGAAACUGUCAUUUUUAUUCCAGAAUCCUUUAUGCCCAGCACAUCUCCGUGGAUGGUGGCCCUGGCUGUCAUCCUGACCACAUCUCCCUGGAUGGUGUCCAUGGCUGUCAUCCUGGCUGUUUUCAUCAUCUUCAUGGCUGUGAGCAUCUGUUGCAUCAAGAAACUUCAAAGGGAAAAAAAGAUUCUGUCAGGGGAAAAGGAAGUUGAACAAGAGGAAAAAGAAAUUGCACAGCAACUUCAAGAAGAAUUGCAUAAGUUUAGAUGGAGAAGAACAGUCUUACACGCUGCUGAUGUGAUCCUGGAUCCAGACACCGCUCAUCCCGAGCUCUUCCUGUCAGAGGACCGGAGAAGUGUGAGACGGGGCCCCUACAGGCAGAGAGUGCCUGACAACCCAGAGAGAUUCGACAGUCAGCCUUGUGUCCUGGGAUGGGAGAGCUUCGCCUCAGGGAAACAUUACUGGGAGGUGGAGGUGGAAAACGUGAUGGUGUGGACUGUGGGGGUCUGCAGAGACAGUGUUGAGAGGAAAGGGGAGGUCCUGCUGAUUCCUCAGAAUGGCUUCUGGACCCUGGAGAUGUUUGGAAACCAAUACCAGGCCCUGUCCUCCCCUGAUAGGAUUCUCCCUUUGAAGGAGUCCCUUUGCCGGGUGGGUGUCUUCCUGGACUAUGAAGCUGGAGAUGUCUCCUUCUACAACAUGAGGGACAGAUCGCACAUCUACACAUGUCCCCGUUCAGCAUUUUCUGUGCCUGUGAGGCCCUUCUUCAGGAUAGGGUCUGAUGACAGCCCCAUCUUCAUCUGCCCUGCACUCACAGGAGCGAAUGGGGUCACGGUGCCUGAAGAGGGCCUGACACUUCACAGAGUGGGGACCCAGGAGAGCCUAUAGAAUCAAUUCCCUGGUCUCACAGCCAUGCAGAUAAGCCCUGGUCAUCUCAGCAGCCACUGCACAACACUCCUAAUGGAAGACACGCCCUCCUCCCCUCUGGUCACAUAAGAGAACAUCUUCCAGCUGCCUUUUUCACACCCACUCCAACCCUCAGCCCCAAUUUUCUCCUCCUCACUAGGCUGUGGCUUUAGCAGUUCCUUUGCUUGUAAUUAUGGGAUGGGAUCCAGGCAUAGGGAACUAGUUGUUUCAUAGCUCCCAGCCAAGAAAAAAGUGAGAGAAGCUGUUGGGCAGCAAACCUGCUGCUGAACAUCAGGACAACCAUAUUGAGCCCAAUAUGCCAGUUGGCACCAGAUGCUGUGGACUUGGAAUGAGGCUAACAGGAUUCGCCAGGAUGAGAGAGGAGAGAGGAAUCCACAGGACCACCAGAGGGUAGAGGGAACCAGAUAUGCAGGUCAGAGAUAGAGGAAGUGGAACCAGAGAGCUGGAAGGCACCAAGGUUGUAAGGAUGGCUAAGUCCCACCAUAGCAGCUAAAGGGUCCUGGGAGAUGAUGGCUCAUUUCCACCCAACCCCAGGAUUUCCACAACACACACCCACAGGCCUGGACCUGGGACAAAGAUGAAUGAAGAACAUGGACUCAUGUGGAUGUGGUUUGGCUCACAUGUGCCUGCAAUAAACAAGGAGUAAGUACUUAGUCCCUGAGUGUGGUUGAGGUUUGAGGCCCUGGUCGAGCAGGGAAGUACUGGACCUGGUCUAGGUCAGCAUUCAGAUUCAAUGGGGACACCAGUGGCUUCAAACUUCCUGAUCUAAUUAUGUCUUUAGACACUUAGAAAUUAUUGAGGACCUUAGAGAGCUUUUGUUUAUUUGGGUUAAUAUUUGUUAAUAUUUAUGGCAUUUGACAUUGAAACAAAAAUUUAGAAUGUUAUCUUUUAAUUCAUAUUAAAAUAGCAUGAAUAAAUCAAUUAUAGGUUAAUAUAAACAGGAUGUUUUGUGAAAAAGCAAUCUAUUGUGUCCAAAUAAAAGAACAAGAAGUGUGACACUGGUUCACUUUUUCCA